AUGACCAAUAAAGAGUGUGCACGUAUUUCCGCUUUUAGUUCUUUCGUUAUUAGAUGGUCUUACGAGCAGUCUUUUAACUUUGUUAAAGAGUGGGGGAAAAUGUCACGUGGAAGUGUUUUCGCAGGAACAAAAGAGUUCGACGAAGAAGUUUUUUUCAGUUUUCUGGAUGAUUCCACUGUACUUUCUGCUGUACGUGUUGCGAAAAAAAAAAAGGAACUAAUGACUACUUCAACAGAUGUAACUGUAGUUCGUGGUGGGGCAUACACCAAAGAGGAAGAUAAUCGAAUUCUCGAAUUAUAUGAAAUAUAUUCAACAGAAAAUAAUAAAUGGAAAUUGAUUGCAAGUGAAUUAAAAAGAGGUCAUAAGAGUGUACGUGAAAGAUAUGUAAAUCAUCUGGACCCUACUAUCGAUAAAUCCGAUUUAACAAUUCAAGAAAAACAUAAGAUUGAUAGACUUCAAAGCAUUUAUAUGAAGAAAUGGGCAGAACUAGCUAAGGCACUGUCUAAUAAUCGAAAAGAUGGAAGGAGAACAGAGCUUCAAGAGAAACCAGAUUUAAAUCUGAAAGGUCUAAUACCAUUUCCAAGUUCCUACCUUUAA